UCGGGGGGGUAUAGGAAGAAGAGUUACUUUCCGUUCGGCCGGGCGAUAAGUCGCACGCAGACUUCUAAGAAAACUUCUCAUUCAACAAGAAUCCCAGUGAACUCUAUUGGGAGUCACCCUUCGUGAACUAUAAAGCAACAAACAACUUCACACAACCAGAAUCAUGUCUCCACCACCAUAUUCAGAUCUUGGCAAGAACGCCAGAGAUGUCUUCACCAAGGGCUACCACUUCGGUCUGAUUAAAUUAGAUGUCAAGACCAAGACCUCUUCCGGUGUUGAGUUCACCACCGGCGGCACCUCCAACCAGGAGAACGGAAAUGUCUUCGGUUCUUUGGAAACCAAAUACAAAUUCAAGGAGUACGGACUAUCGUUCGCCGAGAAGUGGAACACCGACAAUACCUUGGGAACUGAGGUUGCCGUCCAGGACCAACUCCUCAAGGGAUUGAAAUUGACAGGAAACCUGAACUUCUCCCCGCAAUCCGGAAGCAAGUCCAGCAAGGUCAAGGCCGCUUUCCAGAACGACCUGAUGGCCCUGAACGCUGACGUCGACUUGGACUCCAAUGGCCCGAUCCUCCAAGGAUCUGCCGUCUUUGGAUACCAGGGUUGGUUAGCUGGCUACCAAGCCGGUUACGACACACACAACAAGAAGUUGACCAAGAACAACUUUGCUCUUGGAUUCUCCACUGGUGACUUCAUCCUGCACACCAACGUUGAUGAUGGACAAGAGUUCGGCGGCUCCAUCUACCAAAGGGUCAGCUCAAAGUUGGAAACCGGCAUUCAAUUGGCAUGGUCCACCUCCGGAAACAACACCAGGUUCGGAAUUGGUGCCAAAUACGACCUUGACAGGGAUGCAUCCAUCAGGGCUAAGAUCAACAACACUAGCCAACUUGGUCUUGGAUACCAACAACGUCUCCGUGACGGAAUCACCCUCACCUUGUCUGCAAUCAUCGACGGUAAGAACUUCAACAGCGGUGGCCACAAGAUCGGUUUGGCCUUGGAAUUGGAGGCUUAAACUCGUCGCUUCGUUAAGUAAAAAAAGCAGAAAGAAGCAGAAGAAGAAAAUCACAAACCAUCAGAAGAAGGGAAGUAACCAAAACAAAAAAUCCAAAAAAAAAAUAAUCACUGCUAAUUUCAUUGAUAUAUACAAACUCUCAAGUAUUGUCUAGACGUAUGUAACUUGAACUGCUGGUCUGUAGAUAUUUCUAAUUGUUUUAAAAAAAUACUUUUUAGCAUGAAAUACAUGUAAUAUAUAGUUUCUUAUUAUUAUUAUAUGCAACACACAAACAUUAUGCAAAAAGGGGCUCCUCGUUCCCCAAACGGAUAUAAUGAUGACGAUGACUAUUCCGUCGUUGCAUUGCGACCAAAUUGUUUUCUAAUCGGCGAAUGCACGCGGUCUCGUUAUACGUCGUCGGCUGGUGGCUGUUUUAAUUUACAUUAUUUGGGUGUGUGCCCGUUCAUCUGUGGGUGACGUAAAUUUCCAUUCCUAGAAGAAGUCCACAACAGGAGAAAAAAAAAUAAGUUAUUUGGUACAAUGAUGAAUAGGACGAGCGCUUAUUUUUCACACCAAUGUACUGAAAAAUACAUGUUCAUUAAAGUUAUACAAUAUU